GCGCCUGCGUCCUGUACGCGCUCCCGGGGUGCGUCGCGGGUCGGUCCUCCCUGCGCCGGGGGCGGCGCAUCCGCCGAGUUCCGCCGCCGGGUGGCGCGCGUACGGCUGGGGCGCGGCAUGGCGGGGAGGGCCGCCUGCGCGCCCGGAGCGGACGGUGCUUGCGGGGCGUCGGCGCCGGACGUCGCCAAGUGGAUGGAAGCGGCCAUGCAGAUGAGGGCGAGACAGAGAAAAAUGAGAGACAUCUGCGACUGUGCUCCACCAUGUGUGACCAGGGACUUAACCCAGGGUCCUUGGGGGUGUGCCGCCCUUGUGUCUUUACCAGAGCACAGAUCAGCUCUGGCCGUUGGCGGUGCUGGGACUCGCCCCUGGGAAGUGCUGAGUGCUACUCGCCACGCAGAGUUGGUGGCCAUCGACCAGGCCUUAGCCUGGUGUCGGCGGAACGGCAGGGACUCGUCGGAGGUGUUUGAGCGCGCAGUGCUGUACGUCACGGUGGAGCCCUGCAUCAUGUGUGCGGCCGCUCUCCGUCUCACAAGCCCCUUAACUCUUGGCCAGAAGUCCCGCUGGUGGUGUACGGCUGUCAGAACGAGCGGUUCGGUGGCUGCGGUUCUGUUCUUGACAUCGCCUCUGCUGACUUGCCAAACACAGGGAGACCGUUUCAGCACCCAAAUCAAAAGUCCGGAAAAAGGAACGUCAGAAACCUUAAACUGUUGUGAUGAAAGACUGCCCCCCCCCCCCCGUGAACUUCUGGGACUGGAGACGGCGGCGGCGGCGGCGGCCCUGCUGAGUCAAGUGUCCCCGUGUUGUCCUCGACCCACGAGAAUAUAUGACCUGACAGGUAGAAACAGCUACGGACUUUACCACAAACUGUGAGAACCCAGAAACUAGUAAGCAAUGAGUACAGUCUGUGGCCAGAACCUGACCUUAUCUCCAGUCUACAGACAUGCCGACUUCCAAAAGCACGUUCAUCCGCACGGGAUCGCGGGUGCGCCUCUGUGCCCAGCUGCUCAGGCCUAGCAGGGAAGCUGGACUGCUCGUUCUUUGCAGUCACUGCGGCUUUCCAGGGCGUUGGGGACUUUGGACUUGCUUGGGAAUUGUGUAGGAAUUUUUAUAAACAAGGAUCCCGUAGAGUAAACUUUUCGCUUUUGUAAGACAUUUUCAGACACAUACUGUUUAAAAGCAAGUACCCAAGUGUUAUUGUUAAAUUACAGCGUGUUCCUGUAAAGAAACCUCAGAUGUGUCAGUUUCAGAAGGACCCUUCCCCACCCACAUAUUACAUAUUGAUUUCAGAUCUCUGGCCUCUAAAUUGUGAAAUAAAAUCUUUCUGUUGAUUUGAAGAA